CCACCUUCCCUUUCAUGGAUUCUCAAUACCUUCUUGCCCUGCUUCUGCUACUCCCAAUCUCCAUCUGCAUUGCGAAGAAUCCGCCGCCGCCGUGCGAUUUCCCCGCCAUAUUCAACUUCGGCGAUUCAAACUCCGACACCGGCGGCUUGUCGGCGGCCUUUGGUCAGGCGGGGCCGCCGCAUGGAGAGACGUACUUCCAUCACCCUGCCGGACGUUACUGCGACGGCCGUUUGAAGAUUGAUUUCAUCGCGGAGAGGUUAGGAUUGCCACAUCUGAGCGCCUUUCUGGAUGCUCUGGGAUCCAACUUCACGCACGGAGCCAAUUUCGCCACCGCCGGAUCAACCGUGAGGCCUCAGAACACCACCCUCCACCAAGGCGGUUUCAGCCCUUUCUCCUUAAACGUCCAGUUUUACCAGUUCAGCGACUUCCACCGCAGGUCUCAGAUUAUUCACGGCGGCGGCGCCGCUGUGUUCCGACGACUGAUGCCCAGUGCCGACCAUUUCUCCAAAGCUCUGUACACCUUCGACAUCGGCCAGAAUGAUUUGACCGCCGGCUACUUCCUUAACAUGUCCACCGCCCAAGUUAGAGCUUAUGUUCCUGAUGUCUUGGAUCAGUUUAAGACUGUCGUUAAGUAUAUAUAUGGACAAGGGGGUAGAUAUUUCUGGAUACACAAUACUGGUCCCGUCGGGUGCCUGCCGUACGUGAUGGACCGGCUGGCGGUAACGGCGGCGCAGGUCGAUAAGGCUGGAUGCGCCGCUCCGUUCAACGAGGUGGCGCAGUAUUUCAACGGUGGGUUAAAGCAGGCGGUGCAGCAGCUCCGGCAGGAUCUCCCACAAGCUGCUCUCACUUACGUUGAUGUUUAUUCAGCCAUGUAUGAUCUCAUCUCUCGACCCAAACAACACGGGUUUGUGCAUCCACUACAGGCCUGCUGUGGACAUGGGGGGAAGUAUAACUACAAUAUGCAUAUUGGAUGUGGAGGGAAAAUUAUGGUGAAUGGCACAGAAGUGUUGGUGGGAAAAGCAUGCAGAGAUCCAUCGGUUAGGAUCAAUUGGGAUGGGGUACACUAUACAGAGGCCGCUAACAAAUGGGUUUUCGAUAAAAUCGUCGACGGCUCCUACUCCGACCCUCCGGUCCCCCUAAGAAUGGCAUGCCAUAGGUUUUAGGCCGGCCGGCGUGUUGCCGGAACUUCAACUGAAGCAAUCUCAGAAGUUUUUGAGAAUGAAUUGAAGCUGUGUUUUAGGAUUUUGGUUAUGGGCUUUCAAUUUCAAGAGUUGGCCAAAGUCUUUGAUGCGCUAGGACUAGGAAAUAGGAAGGAACAAAAUUGCUAAAUUGUGAUUGACCUUUGAUUUCUUGGUAUUCUUAUUUGAUGGAUAAGAAAUUGUUGGAAAAAUAGUAUUAAAAUGGUAUUUUAAGUGGUUAUUUUGUGUUACAA